AUGGAGUCAAGGCUUACUUACAAUGAUGCGAGCUCAUCGGAGGAGGUUAUUGUGAGGAGACAUCCUCCCAGGGUCAUUUUUGUGCGACACAUCAGGACCAAUUGGCUCAAGUAUGCUACGGGUUUGUUGCUCAUACUGUCCAUCAGCCAGUUAAUCUACAUCACCCGCCUCGGCACGGGAAUGGUCCGUAUACCAAACGAUCCCUACGAUUUACGAUUCGGCCACCUCAGUCACGACAGUCCCGAAAUUUGGGACGAUAAUCAUCAAUCAUUCCUCCGAAGCGCUCGUCCUGUGCCGAUCCACUCGCACAAUGAUUACACACGGCAUAUCCCACUGUUUGAAGCCCUCGGCUCUGGGUGUAUCAGCAUCGAAGCAGAUGUUCAUCUACGACAUGGCAACCUUUUCGUUGCGCAUUCGCGAUUGAGUGUGAAUCCUCACCGAACGUUACAGGGCUUGUACCUGAAGCCCCUGCAGCGCAUGUUGGAGGCACGGAACGCGGGAGUGAAGAUUGAUGACUGGCAAGGCUUUUUCGAAAUGGCGCCCAAACAAACCGUCACGCUCCUCGUUGAUCUCAAAACAGCUGGUCCGGAAACAUUCGAUGCGUUAAACGCCCAGCUCCAGCCAUUGAGAGACCUCGGCUACUUGACAUACUGGAACGGCACAGAGAGAAUCAUCCGCCCUCUCACUGUAGUCGGAACCGGAAACACUCCCUUCGAGUCCGUUCUGGCUAUGAACUCUACACAUCGCGACAUUUUCUGGGACGCCAAGCUUGAGCGCCUCGUCUCAAUGGACGAUGACUUCUCAACAAACCCUCCUACAUACAAAUUCAACCGCUCCAACUCAUACUUUGCUUCAACGAGAUUUGAGAACGCUAUUCUCUAUAGAUCAAACUUCCAGCGCGUACUGGAUACACCGCCGUCAAGAGAACUUGACAUGGCGUUGACGCAGAUUGAGCAGGCCAAGGCUCGGGGCCUGUUGGCGCGGUACUGGGAUACGCCUUCAAAGCCACCGAAUGUGAGGGAUAUCGCGUGGAGGGUGUUGAUAGACAAUGGUAUUGGAAUCCUCAACAUGGACGAUAUGGGGCUUAGUCAUUCAGAAAUCUUCAACCGAGGGGCUAAAGUUGCAGGGCCAUCCUCAUUCACCCUGUUCCCCUCACUCCCAGCAGAGAUACGAGUUUCAAUAUGGACAUGGGCUCUCCGACACCAAAGAAUCAUCAAGAUCUUUCUCCGUUCGCACGCCGGAUUUUGCGGAAACCGCAAUAGGAAUGGUAUUCACUUUCCUCCGCUAGAACCUGGGAGGAGUGAUCCAACCUACUAUCCCGUUGUCGACGGCCACAGACUCCUCAGCAAGCUUCUCAGAGUCAAUACAGAAUCUAAAGAGGUAGCGCUGUCUUUUCAUAGGGUCCGUCUCCCCUGUUGGUUUGCGGACAGAGAAGACAACUAUGGCCUUUGGACUUCUGGAACGACCUAUAUCAACCCUGAAUAUGACUUUCUUCAAAUACAGGAGGACACGAUGGCUACCGUGGACUUUGUGUGCGAUUUAAAGACAAAGCAUGAUCCACGUAACGUUGGUAUCAGAAAUAUUGCACUCUGUAGCAAUCAGCUGGGAGGACGUCCAUCCGGUCUCCACGCAAUGAGGCCAUCCGAAAUCGAAUCCUCAAAGAUGAGGAUAUUCAAAGAAAUCAUCAGUGGUCUUGAUGAAGUUUGGUUGAUUUCUAUCCAGGAAUCUGUUCGGCAAAUGAUUGGUGGUGAAAAUGAAUGGCCAACAAUCCGCAAGACGUUCUUCGAAAGGUCAGUUCCCAUUCACGCUACGCCACACAGCUUCGAUACGUAUUGGGCUUGA